AUGGCUCACAGGAUAGUAAUUUUAUUAGGAUUUUUUACACUGUGCUGGCGCGUUGGCUGUGGAGAAAGUAACAAAUACAAUGAAUACACAUUAAUACGACUACAGCCCUCAUCAGAUUUACACAUUGAAGCCAUCCAGAACAUAGAAAAACGUUUUCCAGAUUUAGAAGUUCUGAAAAGGAGUAGAAGUUACAAUGAUACUACAGAUAUACUGGUACCUAAAAAUCAACUAAGUCCCCUGCGAGACUUAGUCAAAAAGGAAGAGAUUUUUUAUGACGUGAAAGAAAACUAUGGCCGAUCGUUCGAGGCAAUAAAUAGGACACCCAGAAGACGAGUGUUUCGAAGUUUUAAUAUUUUUGAAUAUCACUCGUAUAUAGCGAUACAAGAGCACUUAGAAUCUCUAGCGAAGAGACAUCCAGACCUCAUGAAGCUUCAAACUCUCGGCAUGAGUUAUCAGGGCAGAAGAAUGAAGUUAGCGAAAAUCUCGUCGAAUCCCAACGCUGGGAAUCCAAUCGUUUUCAUCGAUGCUGGUAUACAUGCUCGCGAAUGGGUGGCGCCAGCUAUGGCCAUGUACCUCAUCCACAGGUUGGUCAGUGACCCCGAUGCUCGUCGCGAGCUGAACGGAGUGGAUUGGUACAUACUACCUGUCGUCAACCCUGACGGAUAUGAGUUUACACGUACGAACCAAGUGAAUCGUUUAUGGAGAAAGACUCGAUCUAAGAACGGGUUGCUAGACUGCUUCGGUGUCGAUGGCAACCGAAACUACGGCUUCAAAUGGGCAGUCAGUGGGGUAUCUAAAAACCCCUGCGACAAAGAAACUUACGCCGGGCCCAAACCUUUCUCCGAGCCUGAAACGCAAAUGGUGCGUAACGUCAUGAUGGAAUAUGGAAAAAGGAUCAAAUUAUACGUCUCCUUGCACUCUUAUGGACAAUAUCUGGUUUAUCCUUGGGGAUAUACUGGCGAUUUCUUGCCAAAAGAAUGGCAAAAGCUGGAUACAUUGGCGAGGAUGGUAUCAGAAGCUGUGGAAUCGGCUGGUGGGAAACCUUUCAGGGUAAUGAGUGCUGGAAAGUGGUAUCCAGCUGCUGGUGGUAGCGAUGAUUUUGCGUUCGGUGUAAUCGGCGUCCCCUACUCCUACACCAUGGAACUCACUGAUGGUUACGAAUUCCUGUUCCCAGAGAGACUUUUGCACACGGUUCUACCACAGUUCUACGAAGGUUUUAAAGUUUUCGGUGCCCAAAUAAGAAGUGAAUUCGCCCCAUCUAGACAUAAAAAAGACUUCCCAACUUCGGAGAGCCGUAAAUUGUAA